GCUCCGCGAUUAAAAGAACUUCAGUGUGGGAAUUGGAAACAGUAGAUCAUUUGCGGUUUCCAUUAGUUUCCCUUGUCAGUCCGUAUUUUUUCCGGGCGCCGAUGUUUUGUUGACUCUCUUUCCGCCACGAUAGACUUCCAACUCCACGGUAGCCUAUACUACAACGGAGUCCUUGCAGUUCCGCAUUCGAUCAGAGGAUGUUGGGCGAGCAUUUGUGUGAUGUGUUGGAUGUAUGCAGACAGGGAUGGCACUCCAUGGUGUGGGUGUGCCUGGUUCCCUUAACCAUUCUCCUCAUCGGCCCAGCCAUCCGACCCGCCGUGGCAGUGCACCACUUCACGUUCCACCGCAUCCAGCAUUAUGAAGUGUCGGGAUCACUGCGGGGUUCGCCAGGCGUCUCGCUGAACUGCGAGGUCCGUACGCUCUUCAGCGCAUCCGUCGCCCGACGGUGCUUGGUGAUAUCAUGGAAGGAGCUCAUUACCAAAGAUAUCUCUUCGGUGGUGCAGAAGGGUAUUGUGGCGCUGAUCAUUGCGGUGCCACAGAACAUGAACAGCAUUCAGGGCGAAGACCGUGACGCGUUUGUGGAAACGGAGCAGACAAUUUUGAAAAUGGAUCUGCAGAUCCCGGUGUAUUUUGUCGUACAGACACCGGAAGUGAAGGAUUGGUUGGAUUCGUUGGACUUCCAUUCGGGAAGCGUCAACACACCGCAGACGACCACGGAAGAACUGCUGCAGCAAGUGAUUGGAGACUAUUACUACAUUUCCAGCAGUUCCUAUUCAGCGAAAGCCAUUGGCGAUGUGAAGAUGUCCAAUCUCAUUGGACGCAUUGGCGAUGAGGCUUCCCUGCAGUCAUCGGAACAGCAGCCGAUGAUCGUUCUCGUCGCUCAUCUGGAUGCGAUCGGUGUGGCUCCGGGUCUGUCCUACGGCGCCAAUUCCGAUGCCUCCGGUGUGGCCGUGCUUCUGGAGAUUGUACGCAUUCUGAGCACGCUGAAACAGACCCAGCGAUCCACACCUAAACGAGAAUUGCUGGUGCUCAUCAGUGCCGGGGGGAAAUUUAAUUUCCUCGGUACCAAAAAGUGGUUGAGUGAGCAGGUGGAUGCGACAGAGAGUAGUCUUCUCGGUAAGAUCCAGUAUGCCGUGUGCUUAGAUGGUGUUGGUGAGGACUUUCCGCCGAAAGUGUACGUCUCACGGCCGCCCAAAGAAGGAUCACCGGCACAUCGUCUCUUUGAGGUGUUGAAUGAAAGUGCGGUCAACAUUGCGGGAAAUGCGGCGCAGCUCGUGCAUAAAAAGAUCAAUUUAGCUGAAGACGAAUUGACAUGGGAACACGAACAGUUCAGCUUGGUGCGGGUACCGGCUUUCAGUUUAUCUAGUUUGUCUCUCAACAGGAUCAGCGAACGGCGCUCGAUUCUUGAUGACAGGUCAACAGUUCAGAUUCCUCAGCUCACCAAAACUGCCCAUUGGUUAGCCGAUGCUCUGGCCCGCGAAAUGUUUGGAUUAGAGGGAAACGACACUCGAAUUCUCCAUGACAAUUUUUUGGCGGUCUCCGAGGAAAAUAUUGCAUCUUGGUUGGAAAUUUUGACUCGACAACCCCGACCACUACAAAUGCUCACUCCCGAUCAUCCGGUUAUGGUGGCAGUGAAGGAUUAUUUGACGAAGCGCUUAGUGGAUUUCAAAGUGAAACCUUUGAACAGUGAUAAAGCUGAAUCCGACAUUACCUUAUACGGUCCGGUGGAUGUAGUAGUAACGGCUUCUCGAACAAAACAGCCGUUUUUCGAUCUUUUGGUCACAAGUAUUAUUGCCAUUUACGGCGGACUGAUGUUUUUACUUUUACAGUACAUCGACAUCAUUCGAAUUACUCGCUCUUGGAUGCGUCCGGUUGUCAGUGGUUCAGCAAUAAAAUUCCGAAAUGGAAGGGCUGUAAAAUAUCAGUGAAGACUGCGUUGUUUGCUGGCGGCUGCUGUACAUGUUUUGAUUCGGAUGCAUACCGAUAUUUUGGCAACUGUUGUGAUUUUUUUGAAUUGUCUUAUGUUUGACCCUGUUUUAAUCGUUCUAAAAUAACCCGAAAAAGCAUGCAAGCGGUGAUUGCUUAAACAUUGUUAUUUUCAAUGACCAUGGUUAUUGAACUGUUGGUUAACUUCUUUUUACGUAAGUACUGGUGGCAUUUCAGCCAGAUCUGUAGCGCUCACUUCAGGAACAAGUAUUCCGAUUGGUAUUUAUUACGACAUUAGAAUCUUCAACGUUCGACGACAGUUCCCCUUUAUUCUGGUCGUAAUUGUUAUACUUUUUAUCUAAUUUUGACGUGACAAAUAAGAACAGAUAAAAUCGUUUACUGCAUAAUGGGCAUGGCGGUGGCUGAGCGUGUAUCAGUGACAUCCUGCUCACGCCAUAAUUGUGUUAUCGUUUUCAUCUGCGUGUAAAACUGAAUGCCAGACUUCCCGUAGAAAUUGCUGUCACCUGCGAAACUCGCCCUGGAACCGGUAAAACUGAACAUGGGCAACGGAACUGGGAUCGGCACAUUGACACCAAUCUGUCCAACAUCCACUUCAUUGGUGAACUUGCGAGCCGCAGCGCCAUUGGUGGUGAAAA